GGAAAAUGGGCGAAGUGACUGUAUUGCAAGGUGAAUGGAAGGUUCACCACCGGCACUUGGUGGCGCCAUUUAUUGAACAGCAACAUGUCAGAAAUGGCAGACGACGGACAGUCGGUCACAAAUUCUGAACCCGGGGCUGGUGCAAAUAUGUUUGCCCAGCCUUCCAGGGAAUGUUAUGAUUUUGAUGACAGGCCAAAUAUCACACAAAUGAGAGAGGCCCAAGGUAUCAAGUAUAACUGGCUGGACAUCACAGAGGAGUUCACUGAAGCGGCAUCCGAGCUGAAGCUUGGGGAACUCUUGCACGAUGCAAACUUCGGUUUAUUUGAAGCUAUGUCGGCCAUCGAGAUGAUGGACCCCAAGAUGGAUGCAGGGAUGAUGUGCAACCAGACAGGACGGCAGGUCAUGGGCUUGGAGCAGUCCAUCAAGGAGAGAGACCUGAAAAUCAAGGAUCUGUCACCCGAUGAAGUGAUCGGGAUCAUUGACAACACGCUGGCAUGCAUAGCCACAUGGUUAGAGGGGCACUCGCUGGCCCAGACUGUGUUCACCAACCUCUACACGCACAACCCAGAUCUCAUUGAAGACCGCUGCAUCAGGGCCUUCACGCUGGCCGUGCUGAAGAUAGUGGACAUCGUCAAAGACAAGGUGGUCCGAGCUUCCGUAUUUGAAGAGGAGGAUUUCCAGUCAAUGACGUACGGUUUCAAGCUGGCCCACAACGUGACCGAUCUCAGGGUGGUGGGAAUGCUGAGGGAAGUAGAGGAAGAAUUCAACCGCAAAAUCAAGAGCACAAGGAGCCGACAGGGCGAGGAACGAGACGCAGCCACAGAGCUUCAGCAUGAGCAGUGCCUGGCCAUUCAGUGCCGCAUCAAGUUCUGCCGGAUGUUCUACACCGCCCUUCUCGCAACCAACAAAAAAGAGGUGAAGCAAGGAGUUGAAGAAGCAAGGAAGCUGCUCGUCCAAGCGGCCGACCUCCUUCCGCUCAUUCACAAGUCCAUCCAUCUGGGCAUUCAACCAGAGACCACUCAGAGUACAGCAGACAAAAAGGACCGAGUCACUGAUUUCCCUCUGAUCAUGGGCUUUGAGCCGCUGGUCAACCAGAGACUCCUACCACCUACCUUCCCUCGCUACUCCAAGAUCAUUGACCGCCCUGCUGCUGUCACGUACUUCGAGGGCCUGGUUGGGAGACUGAGGACGGUCUGUGAGGUCACCAACCUGAACUCCUUCCAUGCUAUCAUGGAUUUCAUUGGUGAAUUUAGCAAGCAGUGCCCCUGCGUUCUGUCCCGCUCGGUCCUGCACCUCCUCUUCCUUCCCUUCAACAACAAGAAGGUGUUUGGCGUGGAGCUGGUGCAGGACUCCCUGCGGGAUUGUAUCAGGUCCUUCGUCCACCCCCUGGCGCUCCUCCCCAAGUCACCCAUCUACAACAACCCCCAGGUCAAGGAGAUGGUGGACUCACUGUUGCUGCAUGCUGUCAGGCCCAUGUGUACCAUAGUUCAGAUACAGGGCCACAACCGAGCCAGACAGCGCGACAAACUUGGCCAGGUUUUAGAGGAGCUCGCUAAUCUUCAGGAUGAGGCUGAGAAGGUAGACGCCGGCAUUCUCUCCUUCAUGACCAAGUCAGAUCCCAAGUGGCCCCACCAAGCGUGCUUUGGCAGCUGGGUCAUGUACCACACGCUGCGGACCAUGAUACGCUACGUCCUAUCGGGCUUUGAGCUGGAACUCUACGCCACUCAUGAGUAUCAUUACAUCUAUUGGUAUCUUGCCGACUUCCUGUACGCUUGGUUCAUCUCCACCGUCACCAGAGCAGACAGCAUGCUCCAGGACAACGAGGCGGCGUUCGCCGAACCGGCCGCGAAAGGCCGGAGCAACAAGAAGAAGAACAAACGCCGCAAGGUGCGGCCGUUUGAGCGGGAGCUAACUAUCGCACAAGCCUACCAGCUGCUGUGCUCCGCGUAUUACAAGGCUGUUGUGGGUUUCACCAUGGACAACAAACUCCGCCGACCCAACUGUAUGUUUGACAACGAGAAGGUGCGGUUUGAGCACCGCUUUGCCGCCUUCAGUGCGGUCCUGACCCCGCCCCUGGUGCAGUACGAGACCUUCUGUGAGAUGACGGACGUUCGUAAGAUGGACGCCAGCCGUACCCCGCUGGACAUGUACUUCACCGCCUACAAAUUCUUCAUGCAAGCCUCCACCGUGCUGGAGAAAAUCCCCAACCUGACGUCAGAGCUCAAUGCGAUCGUCCGAGUUGCCAAGACCAACGUGGUGGUCAUCAAGCUACUGAUGGGAGGCCACAAGAGAGAUUCCAAAGUGCCCCCGGAGUUUGACUUCAGCACCCAUAAUAUUUUCCCCAUCAUCAAACUCAAGUAAGCUGAGACUGUCUCCACAAGACUUCAAGAGCACAAUUUCUUCGCCGAAAUCAACCUGAAAUUGGGCAGGGCGGUCUCAUCAAGGUUUGAACAGGAUGUCGCGAGAGACUGCAAAGUAGCGCCGGAGUUGGAGUUCAGCACUGUAGCAUCUUCAAAGCAAUCAAAACCAAGCUUGGAAUGUCACAUCGAGUUGACUGAUGAGAGACCGUGGGAUAAACUCCAGCGUACCUACACUUGCUUUGAGUUUGACAUGCACUCAAGAGUGUCUUGCCUGGGAUUAAACUCAAGUAAGCCAAGAUUUUCACCCUAUGAUAUCCAUGAGAAAAACUGUAUAAAGUUACAUGUUUAGUUUGGCACUGCACUCACAAUAUUUGUGCCUUUCUGUUGUGUACGAGCGCCCCUUUCAGAGGAGGGACACUGUGAGAUGACAGAUAUUGGAUCUCUAUUUUGCCGUGGACACGCCUCUGCCCACUAGUCAUGCUGCUUGGAGUAUUCGUGAAAGUUACCCAAGCAUAUGUUUGUUGUUCCUGUUGGGAAUGCACGUCGCAGCUCAAGUCAAGGAGACUGGGAUCUGAUGAAUUUUUUUUGUGAAGUUCACGCAUUUGGCACUCUGCCCGAACCCUUCUUCGGUAAAAUUGGUGAACUCAUCACUGGACAUUUAGAAUUGUUUUAGACUUGUUUUGACUUUCCUACUCCUGAGGUAUUUAUAAAUGUAAAUAAAUAUGCGCAUGGCUGCCCUCGAUAUUUAAGACUGCCGCAGGAGAAUGGAUGCUGAUUUGAUGUCCCUCGCCAUUGGUGCAUCACAUUUUUUGGGGGCGCCACCUGUUGUAUUAUGUGUCAGGCACACGCGCCUAUUUCCGUACAAGAUAACUGGUUAUGACUUCUCACGCCAGGAACGCAUGUACAUAUAUUGAAAUGGCUAAGGGGGUGUUUGAAUGAAAUAACAUUGUUUGAAAGAAUCGUCAGUAAUUUUCAAGUCCUAUUUUGAUUUGACAUUCCGACACAAAAGACCCAGCAGUUACAAGUAUUGUAAUUAAACCCCAAAGUUGAAAAGGUAUCGGUCUGUUACCGUGACAACACUCAGCUUUACCUGAUCCCUGCAAAGCCCCAACUUCAAUAAGCGAAAAAUUUGUUAAGUGUGAAAAACCCUUGCUUGACAAGUCAGGUUACCAGCCGAGAUGUAUAUUGUUUUGGAACGGUAUUUACCUGUCUUUUGGUGAGCCUGGCAAUCACACAGAGUUUGAGCUGGUAACUU